AUUGAUAAGAAAAAAUGAAAGUUCUCUUAUCUUUAACAUUAAUUUCAGCUCUCUUUCUAAACGGAAAAUCAAUUUCCGUAACAUCCGAUGUAUGUUUGCAACAAGCUAAUAAAAUUUCAAGUUGGCUUGAGAAUGAAGUGCCUAAAGUUUUGGAAAGAGUUGAAUAUGAGAGAUUUCUUUUUCAUCUAUCACAAAGUAUUAAAUUCGAUAUCUUAAAAGAUCAUAACAAAUUGUCAGAGGUUGUUUGUAAAAUUUUAAACGCUGAGACAUUGUUUGAGUUGAGCGAAGAAAUUAUUAAAUACACAAAGCCUAGAAUAUCCGCUAUGGAAUUUUCGUUUGCUUUCGAAAGGCAGUGUAUAUAUUUAAGGAAGUUUCUUAAUGACUAUAACUUUUUAACACUUGUUAAAAAUAUUCGAGAACUUUUGGAAUACCUUCGUGAUAAUAUAGUUGAAAAGAAUCUAUCAGAUUCGGAGAGGGAUGAUAAAAUUGCUGAGCUGUUAACUCGUUUAUCUUCAAAAUUUGGUCACGGUUGGUUAUAUAGUCUAUACGAAUCGCAUAUAAUCGAUAAUUUAUUCAAUUCACCCGAUGUAUGGGAAGAGACUGACAACGUUAGAGCUAUCGCUGAAGAAAUAAUAGUAAAAUAUUCCAAGCAUUAUGACGGUUUCGAUUGGGAUAAUAAUAACCUUGAAUAUCUGUUGAUUAGAUCCUAUAAUAUUGCUAAAUAUUAUUCAAAAAAUAAAAUCAAUCAGAUGUUACAAGCUGUCGAGAAAGGCUUUGCAAUAUUUGAAUACUUUAAUAAAGCUGGUAUCUUUACUCGCCCCAAAUGCAGUAACGUCAAAACACUUGAUAAGAUAGUUGCAUUUAUCAACGAGUACAAAGAUAUCUUACCAAAACACUAUCCCCAAGAAGGACUUAUUUUGGAGAUUUUAUCUUCCCCUGAACAUUUUAAGAUUGUCAGCUGCUAUAUGAUUAAUUCAAAAGAUAAACAACAGUUUAAUAAUCAAUUAGCACUGUAUUUAUACAUUCCAAGGCCAAUUAUUGAAUCAUACGAGAACAAAAUAGUUUCUUACCUUCUUCCCUCUGAUUUUUACAUAAAAUCUGUGAAUAUUGCCAAAGAUAUACUAUCAUUUAUAGUCAAAGAACGACCUACAAAUAUUCAAGCGAAUGAAGUGAAAAUUUUCUUGGACAGCUUAACAAAAACCUAUGGCGAGAAUUGGUUAAAAUAUUUGGAUAUUUUUGAUUAUAUGGGUAUUUCCAACUUCAACGAAGCGAAUAGUCAACUGGCUAAAGUGUUUCUUGAUUCCGAAAAAGACGAUGAUUUCUAUAGUAAUCUGGCUGAAGUUAUGCCUGAAAAUAUAGUUAAAGUACUAAGAAAUAUCAUAGUCUUCCAGAAUCCCAUAAGCUGGCAUGAUCUUGUCAGUAUAGGUAAACAGGUUACCGAUAUCUACACUGACCUUGAAAAUAUUGGUUUAAUUGAUUUAAUUAAGACUCCUUCUAAAAAAUGCGAUUCCAGCAAAUAUAGAAUGAUAGGAAGAACAUUGGAAUAUUUUGAAAAGAAUAAAAGUGUUCUCUACAAUACUAUAAUUCCCUUAUUUAAUAAAUAUUUAGGCUAUACCAUACCUGGCGUUAGUAUAACCCAAUGGAUUUCCGAAUUUCUAUGUACCCUUUCAGAAUCUUCAGAAGAGGAUUUCGAAUUAAAUUUAUUCGGUUAUCUUGGCAAUUACGAUGGCUAUUUCUUUGGAAAUUUGAUAAGUACUAUAUGUUCAAUUAGCGACGAAACGGGCGAUGAACAUUUCACUCAGGCGAUAGACAUUUGGGCAUCCGUUUUUAGAUAUUACGAAAUAUUAGAAGUAAAGAAAGCCAAAAAUAUUGACGAGAAGGCAAUUCUUGCAUUUGUUGAAGAUUCUUUGAGAAAUAUGACGCAAACUUUUGGAGAUAAUUGGACGUCAAAAUUGGAUCCAACCGGUAAUUUCGCUUACCAGCUGCAGUUUAACUUUUGGUACAAUAUAGAAACUGUUGCUAAAGCUCUUGUAGAAUCCGAAAAUGUAUUUGAAUUUAAUAGCAAACUGGCAGGAUUCUAUUAUGGGUCUGCUGACAAUAGCAUCAUUGUAUUUGAUAUCGUUCAAAGAGUCGUCGAUUAUGAUUGGAAUGCAGUUAUAGCUUCUGUAAAAGAAUUUGCUAAUCUUCUAAUCGAAUUUAAGGAUACAAAUAUCAUGAAGAAUUUGAGGCAAGAUUUCUAUAGAGGGUUAGGGUUAUAUUUAUCUUAA